CUGUGCAAUUUGUAUAUAAACACAUAAACUAAACACACACACACGCACAGUAGGCAGCAGGCAGUUUGAUAAGCGAUUUACAGUUACACAUCCAGCACGCAAUUCAAUUCCCGGCCAAUUGAGACCAUUAAAAGAGCGCGGAGCGAAGGCGACACCAGUACCAGCACCAGCACCACCACACAGACAGGCAGACAGAGAGGCACGGCAACAAGACGCAGCGUUCUUUGUUGCAAAUUACCGUUGGCCCCCCAUUCCGCGCCUUCCAACGCCCCCUUCCACUGGCCCACCGAUCCACGAUCCGCCAGCCAGUAGCUUCCAGUCAGUGCUCCGAUGCAGACGUCUCGCUGAGGAGGCAACAAAUCGCUGGACUGGAAAGGAGCACAGCACAGCCACAGCCACAGCACAACCAUGUCGGCGGUCAACCAGAAGGAGAGUCCCAGCCGGGACUCGACGGCCUCCACAUCCGGCCACAUCUCGAUGCUGGCGGACAACACCCUGGAGUCGCUCUCGCGGGACUACAGCCUGGGCAGCCUGAACUCGGCGGGCAGCCAGGACGAGUUCUUCCGGUGCCGCGACCAUGCGGACAACAUCCUCAAGCGGAUGCAGCUCUACGUGGAUAGCCAGCAGCUCUGCGAUGUGGUUCUCAUCGCCGGGAUCGAUGGCAAGAGAGUCCCCGCCCACCGCCUGGUGCUAUCGGCCUCGAGCGCCUACUUCUCGGCCAUGUUCACGGGAUCGCUGCGCGAGACCAAAGAGCAGGAGGUGACCCUCGGCGAGGUCCAUGGGGAUGCACUGCAUCUGCUCGUGCAGUACUGCUACACCGGCUUCAUCGAGAUGCGCGAGGACACCGUGGAGACGCUGCUGGCCACCGCCUGCCUGCUGCAGCUGACUGCCGUGGUCACCGCAUGCUGCAACUUCCUGGCCCGCCAGCUCCAUCCAUCCAACUGCCUCGGGUUCGCCUUCUUCGCGGAGCAGCAGAGCUGCACCACGCUGCUGCGUCUGGCGCAGGCCUACACCUGCCAGUACUUCAUGCAGGUGUGCCAGAACCAGGAGUUCUUCCAGCUGAACGCCGACCAGUUGGGCAAGCUGCUGUGCAGCGAUGAUCUCAAUGUGCCCUCCGAGCAGGAUGUCUUCCACAGUCUAAUGUCGUGGGUGCGCCACGAUUCCACUGCCCGUGAGCAGCACAUCCCCGAGCUGUUGGCCCUGGUGAGACUGCCCCUGCUCCAGCCAGCGUUCAUCAUGGACCACGUGGAGAACGUGUGCAAUGCCAACGAGUGCCAGCAGCUGGUGAUGGAGGCCUUUAAGUGGCACCUGAUGCCCGAGCGACGAUCCCGUAUCGCCACCGAGCGGACUACGCCGCGCAAAUCCACAGUGGGCCGUCUGCUGGCCGUCGGCGGAAUGGAUGCCCAUAAGGGCGCCAUCAGCAUCGAGAGCUAUUGCCCGCGAUUGGACAAGUGGACACCGUGGAAGCACAUGACCGGCCGUCGCCUCCAGUUCGGCGCCGCCGUCAUGGAGGACAAGCUGAUCCUCGUGGGCGGCCGCGACGGGCUGAAGACCCUGAACACCGUGGAGAGUUUGGACCUGAAUACGAUGGCUUGGGCGCCGCUCAAUGCCAUGGCCACGCCCCGCCAUGGACUGGGCGUGGCGCUGCUGGAGGGACCACUCUAUGCGGUGGGAGGUCACGACGGCUGGAGUUACCUGAACACCGUGGAGAGAUGGGACCCCUUUGCCCGCACUUGGAGCUAUGUGGCGCCCAUGUCCUCGAUGCGCUCCACCGCCGGCGUGGCUGUCCUGGGCGGUCGACUGUAUGCGGUGGGCGGACGGGACGGUUCCGUCUGCCAUCGCUCCAUCGAGUGUUACGAUCCGCACACCAACAAAUGGAGUCUCCUGGCGCCGAUGAACAGACGACGCGGCGGCGUGGGUGUGACGGUGGCCAAUGGUUUCCUCUACGCCUUGGGUGGCCACGAUUGUCCAGCUAGCAAUCCGAUGGUCUGUCGCACGGAGACAGUGGAACGCUAUGAUCCAGCCACCGAUACCUGGACACUGAUCUGCUCGCUGGCCCUGGGCCGGGAUGCGAUUGGCUGUGCCCUGCUCGGCGAUCGCCUGAUCGUCGUCGGCGGCUACGAUGGCAAUCAUGCGCUGAAGAGCGUGGAGGAGUACGACCCGGUGCGGAACGGAUGGAACGAACUGGCGCCCAUGGGCUUCGCCAGGGCCGGCGCCUGUGUGGUGGCCAUUCCCAAUGUCAUACCGCCGGCGGCCCAACAGCCGCCGCCCAGUGCUACAAAAAAGAAGAAGUGGAAGCCAGUGAGAUUGGAUCCAAUCUGCUAUAAUAGGCGUCCCAGAUCUGUCGAGUUUGUCGACUACUAUAACAUGUAAAUGCAAGACAGACAAGACAACAAACAAAGCAAACUAUAAACAUUAAACUAUAAACAUUUAAGCCAAGCUACAAAAACACAAGAAAACGUAAAAAAAAUUAAAAAGAAUCCAAAUAUUACGUAUUAUUUUAUAUUUACACAUAUAUAUAUUUUUACACAAAACAUACACUGCAUAAAUGUAUACACUGGAUAUGUAUUUUUUGUAAUAAAAGCGAAAAUAAAACAGUUA